UGAAGCGAGCCGCAAACAAACCGGCUUUAAAUAAACCUAUUUCCCUAACAUAUUCGGUAUUUAUCUUGUGAAUCUCUUACAGAGUGGAACUAAAACAAAAAAAGCUGAAAUAAAACUAAAGAAAUAAUAAAGCGAAUGGACUUUUUUCUGUGCCGUUAAAUACGUAAAAAAUAAAUGAAAAUUAUAACAAGAAAUAUUUAUUUAAUAAUAAACUAAGUAACUAACUAACGGCUUUAAAACUGAAAUAAAGUGGAGAGACAAAAUAAAUUGUGCUUUUUAAAUUUUACACACGAACAAAAAAAAAACAACAAGUGACCAGAGUUAAAGUGCAGUGCAUUUAUUUUAAAAGAAAGAAAAAAAAAAGGAAUUUAAUUAAUCAUUAAACUUUGUUAUAUAGAAAAUCAAAAAUCGUGUUGCACGCAAAAUAAGACAAUAAAUAGCAGAAAUAAUUAGGAAAAGCUAGUGAAAGUUUUUUUCUGAUUGCUUUUUUUUGGAGAAAUACACGCACGUGAAAAUUUAACAAAUAGUUUUUGUUAAAAAUCUUAAGCAUUUUCUUUUAAAACGAAAACUGUUGAAAUACUUUUCAAAUCUAUAAAAUUCUCACAACGGCAGCCACAACAACUAUAAAUAUGAAUCGUUCAAAUAGUUUUGUGUCCUCUUUAAAAUGGUGGCCUUUGCAGGGUCAUUUAAAUCAAACACAAACAAAUGGCAAUACUGGUGAUGGUGGUGGCGGCGGUGGCGGCACUGUUAAUGUGGGCCACCACAACAUUGGCCCCUCACAUAACUCUGGCAGUGGUGGUGGAGGAGGUCUUGGUUUCCGCGGUCUAAUAUCAUUCAAUAAGUCAACAACAACAGCAGCACAAACAUUUGGCAGUUCGGUGGCUGUACAAAAGUUACGUGAAUCCAAAUGGUUUAAACCUGAUGAAAAACGUAUUUUCUGUGCUGUAGUCGAGUGUGGCUUCAUUGUUGAAGUACGCAGUAGUGCAGCUGUGGCCAGGAAAUUAGCACAACAGCAGCAGCGUAGACGCCAGCGUUUGCUUAGUCUUACAAAUAAGACACGACAACAAAAUACAAGCGGAAGCAGCAGCAGCAGCUCCAAUGACAGUUAUGAACACGAAGACGUUGAGGAAUUUUGCAAACAUCAUCAAACAAGUGUUCAGAUGUUAUUGUCCAAUGGAGCAUAUCGUAAUCCACAUCAACAUCAUAAUCAUCAUGAGGUUGUUGUUGACGACGACGAUGAUGAUGAUGAGGAUGAUUUGGAUUCACAAGAUGAAAAUAAAACACCCAUUACAACAUGGUUUGGUGUGGUGCUUUGUAAAACGAAUAAAGAUAAUAAACCAAAACCCGAAACAAUUGAAAUAUUUUCUGUGAAAAUACGUGAAAAUGGCACAUUUAAAAUGAUAAAAAUGUCACUGGAUGACAUUUGGAAUAAUGAUUGGGAAUUGCGUAUUAAUAAUUUUGCUGAUAAAGAGAAACCGCCUCACAUUGAAAAGGAUAUAAGAAAUCAGAUAUCCUUUGCACGCAAAGCCAAACAAAGCUUGUGGAAUAAUAAUAAGCACUUUGUGUAUUGGUGUCGCUACGGCAGUCGUCAGCAGGAUGUCAGAAAACGACAGAUGUCCGAGUGUGUUAAGUGGGGCAGUGUGGGCAUGAAUGCGGGCAUGUUGUUAUUAAUGAAUAAGCAAAAAUCCUAUUCAACCUCUAAGUAAUUGAAAAAUUUUACCAAUAUUUUUCAAUUUUUGUUUGUUAACAAUUUGCUCAACACAAAUGUGGGUAAUUAUUUGUCUAAAAAAAAUGUAAUUUAUGAGGAUUAGAAUUUUUAUUCAAAUUCAUAAGGGAUUUGUGGGCAGAACAGUUACUUUUUUCAUGGUUUUUAUUGGAAUGAUAAGAUAAAAAAUUAUAUCAAACAAAAACAAAAGUUUUAUUAAACUGUUUUUGUCAUUAAUUAACAAAACAUUUACAAUAUAUAAACAAACAUUUUAUAUAAAUACAUAUGCACUCUCUCUGCAAUUGCAUAAUUAAUCGUAUAAAUUUAUUAUACGUUUAAGUAUUAUUACUGUUUAUACUCUAUCAAUAUUCUAGUCCUCAUUGUUUUAUAUUUAUAUAAAUGUAAUAUUUAGUUGCCACUAAAAAAAAAGCCUAAACUAGCCAUGGCCUUUGAACGCCAGUUAAACUCAAGCUUAUUGUGGUUUAAAGGUUAAACUAAUAAUUUGCAAACUUCUAUGAAGUUAAGGAGAAAAUUUGGUUGAACUGGGAGAAUUUUUAAUAAACUUAGGUUCACGUUGUUUAAAAUAUUCCACAAAGAAAUCAGGUAACAUCGUGAUUACUUUUAUUUUAUCAAAUAUUUCCACAAUGUCAACCAUAGCUUAAUUGUUUCGAUACGUUAUGUUUAAAUUUAAAAAAAAAUCAAAUAUUUUUCAUUUCUUUUAUGAAACAGUUUAAAAAAUCGUUUAAAUUCUAAAAUUGCAAUCGAUUAGAGAAUGAAACAAAACUUAAAUUAAAAAAAUUCCGAAAUUCUGAAAAAAUGUAAAUAUUUUUGAUUUUUUUAUGGAACAAUUAAUUAAUGAAACAAAACUUAAAUGAAAAAAUUCCGAAAAAUCAAAUUAAAACAAAAAUCUUUUUUCAAAUCUCUUAAAUCUUGCUUAGCACUGAAAUUAUGCACAUUUUUAUGCUUUCCUACACAUAUAUUUUGUCAACAGCUGUUUGUACUUUGGGAUUUAGUGCAGAAGUUAACCGGCCAAUAUUGGCCGCUUAAACUAACAUUCGUAGAUUAAACUUAAUUUAAUCUUCAAGUCAAAAACCUUAAAGUUCUAAUUGGGUAAUUUAAAUGACAUGUUUGCUGAAUUUUUUAACCAUAUUUGAAGACCAAAUCAGCAGUUUGUCAAUAGUCCAACAUUUCAGUACUAUUGGCAACCUUCUGAUGUUGUCCAGCUGUCAUUUGGCUAAAUGUAUAAAAAAACAUUUAGCCAAAUGAAAAAAAAAAAUGAAAAUUUUUAGGAGCAAAGGCUGAAAAUAAGCCGCCCACUUAUUGUUAGAAGAAUAGUAUUUAUCAUUUUAAUUCAAUAUUUACAGUAAAUCACUGAGUGGAACCCUAAUUCGAGAAAUUUGUUAAUAAUUAUCAACAAACAGGUUUUUAUUAAAAAAAUUGGACUUUUUUUAGGUGUGAGAAGAAAUAUAUAAACAAAUAUUCUCACAAUCUCGCUUGAAAGAGAAUUAAAAUCGAAAAGUCUAUAAAAAUAAUCAAACACAAACCAUAUCGAUAAAAAGUAUUUUAUAACAGUUAUUUCAAGGCGAAUUUAGAUAGCAAGUGGUCUCGGUGGCGAAUUCAGACAAAUGCUAGCGAAUUCAUUAAUAUUUUAUAUAGGGAGUUUGAGUUUAAUAAUGUCAAACUCCAUAUAUAAAAAAAUAAUGAAUUCGCUCAUAUUUGCCUGAAUUCGCCACUGACACCACCUGCUAUCUAAAUUCGCCUUGAGUUAUUUUUAGUCAUUUAGUUUUGUAUAACGGAAAAUGGGUGGUAAUUUCAUAACAAUUGAAUUUGUGGACAAGUUAUUUUCGGUCUGUAUUUAGGAGUAAAAGCCAAUUUGUGCUUAAAUCUGAAUCACAUACAAUUUAAAACCUUAUUUCAUAUUGUUACGUAUAGAAAAAGAGGAAAUAUUUCGAAAAUAAAAAUAAAAUUCGGAAGAUUUAAGAUCCUUUAUAAUGUUGGCGGGUUUAGUAGCAGGAAAUGCAAUAUUUUUGGGCAAAUAGAAGGAAAAUACGAAAAAGGUCAUAUAUUUUGUAAAAUAACAAUAUGUGUGACCUUUUUCGAAAAUAAAAAUUGAAAUUUAUUACGAAAAAAGUGGAAAAUUUCUUUAAAAAAACUGGAUGAAACCUUAGUAGUUUUUAGGAUAAUUUUCUUCUUUAUAUUUUAGAGACGUGAAAUGUUACCUUUUUUAAACAUUUUUAAGAAAUAGAAUUAAUUACGAAAAAGGUCAGAUAUUUCGAAAAAUAAAUAAUGACGAGUUGUGUGAACUUUUUCGAAAAUAAAAAUUAUUUAAAUAUUUCAAAACUAUUUAGUGAAAACUUAGAGACGUGAAAUUAAAGAAUUAAAUUUAGAAAAAGGUCAUAUAUUUCGAAAAGAUUUUGAAAGAAGUAGAGUAGGGGCAUAAUAAAGAGAUAUAUGGCUUUUUUCGUGUAAAUGAGUUUAUAGUAUAUAUCGAAAAGGAUUAUAAUAUAAAAGAAUGAUUUAAUUACGAAAAAGGUCAAAUAUUUCGAAAAUACUUAGAGGAAACUAUAGACUAGAUUUAGACUAAAGUUUUCUCUUAAUAAAACAGGGCCUAGAAAUAUAAACUUUUGCAAAUAGGUAUGGAAAUACGAAAGAGGUCUUAUAUUUCGAAGAAAUUUAAAUUUAAUAGUGAGAUGUAAGACCUUUAUCGUUUAAAUGAUUUCAAUUCGAAGUUUUAAGAACUAUGACCUUUUUCAUAUAGAAAAUUUUAAUUAUUUUCGAAAUAAAUCUAUGAAAAAGGUUAUAGUGAAAUUAAUAAAUUUGAAAUAAAAUUAUUUACGAAAAAGAUCAAAUAUUUCGAAAAUAAAACAUAGCUACGUUUAAGACAGGUUCUUUCUAAACAGGUAAGAGACGUGAAAUAUAACCUUUUUCAAUAAUAUUGCAAAUAGAAUGGAAUUAUGAAAAAGGUCAGAUAUUUCGAAAAAUAUUUACAAAAAAUAAGAUAUGUGACCUUUUUCGAAAAUAUAAUUUUAUAACGAAAAUGGUUCAUAUUUCAAAUAAAAGCAAGUAGGUCAAGAAAAAUUUAGAAAAAUUGUAGUUUUUCGAAAAUGGAAAUUAAUUACGAAAAAGGUAAAAUAUUUCGAAAAUAAUAAAAAGGGCAAAUUGUGACAUGAAAUGUAACUUUUUUCAAAGAUUUUUUUAAAAUAAAAUAGAACUACGGAAAAGGUCAUAUGUUUCGAACAUAAGGGACGAGAUCUGUGACCUUUUUCAUAAAAAUAAUUUGAAAAUCGAAAGUCAGAAAGAAUUGUGGCCAUUUAAAAAUCAAUAAAUAUAAAAAAAAUAAUAAUAAAUAAAAGUUUUCCAAACUUCAAGACGAGAUCAGUGACCUUUUUUGUAACAAUAAUUUUAUUUCGAAAAAAUUAUUAAAUACAUGUAGUUUCGAGUAAAGAGAGUAAACAUUUUCAAGUUGAAGUUUUGAGAACUGUCAGCAGUUUGGGAAUUGUUUUUUAGCAUUUUGUUAUCGAUUGUUUAACAAUUUAAACGAUUUUUACUUAAGCAAUUUUAUCAAAUUUUUUAAUUAAUAAUUUAUACAAACAUUGCGUAUUGUUAUCAUUCCGUUUGUAUUUAAAAUUAUUUAAAUUUGUAAACUCCUAUUAUCUACAAACUGAAAAGAUUUUCAACCACAUGUCUAUUAUGCAUUGAUAUCAUUCCAUUUUUACGAUGCACUUAAACAUGUACACAUAAUUAUCUCCAGCCUCUUAUAUAAAAAGAAGGUUUUAAAAAAUAAUAAAUCGAUACUAAAACCUCUAUAAAUUAAAGUCUUGAGUUUAACUGGCUGCAAAAAACACAAAAUACUUUUUUUCAAAAGAACUCGCAUUACAAAAAAAAACAUUUUUAUUAUAAACUCCCUCACCCGCGCCCCAUUUUAUAGAGUUCGUAAGGCUCUGAAAAAACUAAGAAAUCUUAUAACAGAAAAAAAAAACAGAAAUGGAGAAAAGACUUAUUAUUAUUUUUUUUUAUAAAUUUUAUCUUAUUUUUUAAUUUAUUAAUUAUUAUUUAAGCAAUUGUUAUUGUUGUCUUUUUAUAAUUUUUAAGUGUUCCUUUGAUAUGAAAUUUUAAAAACAACAAGAAAAUUAUUGUCAUCUUUCAUUAAAAGAAAAAUUGUUAUUAAAAAAAAAAUAAAUAUUUUAAAAAAAAAAUUAUGUGAUUUGUUUGCUUUUUAAUUAAUAAGUAUAAAAUACUAUUUAAGUUAAUAAUUAUAUGAUUGUAAAACAUUUUAUUAUUAUACUAUUAAAUGUUUGAUAUUCAACAAAAAAAAAAUAAAACCCAUUUGUUUAUUUAGGUUUUAAGUGAAUUUAAACAAUAAAAGACGUGUUAUUUUUCUAUUUAUCGUUUAUGUAUUGAGAAAUAUGUUAUAAAAAUAACAAUUUUCUUUAAUUUAAAAAAAAAAAUAUUAUAUAUUUUUUUGUAAUUGUAAGUGGCUUUUUUCCAGAUAAAUAUUUAUAUACACAUACAAAAAAACCACUAUGGAGCUUAAUAAAAUAUUCAAUAAAGCAAUACUAUACAAA